UGGCGGGGAUGGCCAGGAGUCUGGGCAGGGAGGCAUUUGGGGACAAGGGCAGGGCGGACGGGGAUACGAUGUACCCGUACCCAUACCCUUGAUGGGAGGGUAUGGAUCAUAUGGAGGGCCGCAGAGAUAUCCAGCGCCGCCGCCGGGAGGGGGAGGUCCUGUUCCUCCUACGGUUGGGCAUUACCUCCUUUCCACCACGCAAUCGUUUUCACCGCAGUACAUCCCGCAUGCAGCGCCUGCCCCAGCAGCAGCGGCAGCAAUUCCUCCGUCACCGAUAUACCCGCAACCUGCAUGCACCACCGCAAGCACCUAUCAGUCUACCCCCGAUCUCACUACCACAGUACCCCUCUUUCCCUCCACUUCCGACAUACGCAACACAACCUUCGCCGUAUCAAGCUCCAGAUACACAAGGUGGAAGUUCAGGGAGUCCUCCGCCAAUCAUUUAUCCGAAUGCACAGCCAGCGACGCCAUUCACGUUUGCUCCAAAGUUACUCGACAAUUACGCUGUUCCUCAACCUCCCAUGACGCAUACAACCGCCGCGAUCGCACCACCGCCCACGCGUCAAGAAUCGAACUCCCGUCGUACGCGUUCCUCUUCCAAGUUCUCGAACCCACCGUAUAUCGGUAAUCGACGUUCGCGUGGACCAGGAAGUAUCCGCAGUUCAGGCAACAACAUCAACGGACAACUCGGCACGCCCGAUCCCACACGCUCCAGCCCCGAACACGACCUGAACAACACGAGCCAAGACGCAGACGCAUCGGUUGAAUCAGACGGCGAAUCCUCUUUUCCGGAAUUCGAAAAGCAGACAGUCGGCGGUGGCGCGACGGACUCGAACGGCACUCGCAGCGGUGAUGAGAGUUCUGGUACAGGGAGUGGUGGUGAUUCCGGUUCUGGGAGUAUUGGGACGGGAAUGGGGAGUGGUGUUAGUGGUAUGACGAAGAGUACGAAGAGUGAUUGGUUCAAGGAGUUUAAUGGGAAUGUGAGGGCGAAUAAUUCCAAGUCGAAGUUUCCGAGUGACAGUGAUUCGCCCUAUUUCGCGGGGAAGAAGGUCGGGGAUGAUACCUCGAUGUCGAGUCAGCAGCACCAUGGCCAGCACCCGUCGAACUUGAAGGCUCCGGCGUUGCAAAAGUCGUUGUCGAAGAGGGGACAGGUGCAGGUGCAAGGGAAAGCUGGCGGCAUCAGGGAGGAAGGAAGCUCGAGUGAUCCAUCAUCGAGUAACUUCCGGGAUAUAGUCGAUGAUUUGAGGUUGAAGAAUCAGCGGUUGAGGGCCAGGUUGAAGAAGAUGGAGAAGGCCUCUAUGGCGUCUGUUACCGGGAAGCAAAGUGGUGGUAUCAAGGGUUUGGUCGAAGUCAGACUCGGACGUCGUAUGAGCGCCAAGAAGAGAGCUGAAUUGGAAGAGUUGAUGAGAGGUUUCGUCGCAAACAUCGACACCGAAUCCGAGGCCGAGGAAUCACUACCCGCCUCACCUGACACCGAAGACGAACUCCGCAUGCGCCAAGUGGUCUCCCGCAUCGAAGACCUCGUCACAGCCAACAAAGAACUCCAAGGCGCAGACACACACGGCUGGGUCUACCUCAACAUCAUCACCAACCUCGCACACCUGCAUCUGAUGAACGUUACGUUACCGUUCGUUAGGGCUGCUGUGGAAAAGUUUUCGACGAGGUUGGAGUUGAGUGAGGAUGGGGGGAUGAUUAGGGGGAGGAUGGGGGUUUUGGAGAGGGGGGCUAGUGAGACGCCGAGUCUGGAGAGUGGGGAGAGGUCUGCUGGUGAGUCUGGAAGUGGAUCUGGUAGCGGCAGCAGCCGUGGGAGUGGUUGUGGUAGAGGAAGCGGGAGUGGAAGUGGUGGGAAGACGAUGGGAUCCGGAUCUAACACCGGUUCCGGUUCUGGUGCGGCAACGAGUGCGCCGUCGACGUUGUCCAGGUCGAGGAGUAUCUUCUCUUCUGUCAUCGGACAGGAACAGACGCCUAUUACCGUUACCUCCGCUGGCGCCCACGGAGAAGUCGGACAAACACAAACCCUCUCCAUGGGCAAGACCGAGAAAGCACGUGAGACCGGAAGCAAGAAAGCUGAAGCAUGGCUUUCUGGCGCCGCAUCUGUUGCAAAGGGUCCCCUGCCCGCCAUGCCUCCCAACAUGCAGAGACCCAUGUUGGCCACUAGGAGGGAGAAGGCCCAGGAUUCUGGAGAGGAGACAACGACGGAGGAAGAAGACAAGGAUUUCGGGCCGAUUGUGUUCUUCGAGGGCGGGAUUUGUGCGGAUUACUCCAGGGAGAAGGGCAAGAUGCCGAGGGAUAUCUCGUACGAGAGAGCCACGGAGGAUGUUAUUGGGUUGAGGUCGGAUGAGGAUGAUGCCAAGUUGCCAUUGACGAGUCGGGAGGCUUUGAUGGCGUUGCCUGCGGUUGAGGAGAUGGACGUGCCGGAUUUGGUGGUGGAUGAUGGAAGUACUUCUCUUGCCACGGAGGUCGGCGAGGAGCCCUUCGAGUUCGUAUUGUACGGGGACGAUGUCAGGGCUGUCGACAACUUUGUCAUGUCGGUAAGGGUUGCUCAGACCCCUCGUCACGUUGAGAUUUUCGAGAAGAAGCUUCUUGAACCCAGUGUUUCUAUGUUCAAGGAGCGCAGGGUUUCGGGCUUGUCCCCGAUGGGUACACUACCUCUACUGAACCACGACGCCAUCGCAGAUGAAAUUGACCAGCACGUUGCCCGAUUGGCAGACAGUGGACAUUCUGGCAUUUCGUCGGACGAUAUGGAUGUUGAUAUGGACAUGGCCUCCUCAUCCGCAGCGUCCAAUGCCGGUGCCGACCUCUGCGAUCGCAGUGGAAGCAUGGGUCCGCCGAUCUCAACCAGGAAAAGACAGAGGGAGUCUAGUAUGGUUGACGUGUCUCCAGCUGGCGGAAAGACGAGACGCAACAGGAUCGAGGAGUCUGCGAUGGGUCGUGCGGCACGCAGGGAGGAAGAGAGGGUCAGGCUUGUUCGCGAUGCAUGGAACAAUGCUACUCCGAAUGCAUCUCAGACGCCUACUCCGUACAUGUCGCGGACUCCACAAAUCGGCAUGCAUUUGCCUGCUGCGGCGAGUAUGCAGACUCUUGACGUUAAUGCCUUCACAAGUGCGUACCAAGAGAUCCGCAAUGCGAUGGAGGAACGCGUACGUGCCGCUCGUGAAGCCUUGAGCAACAACCUUGCAUACGAUGAGGUUUUGAACAAGAACGAACACAGCGCACCGAGUUUGUCGAGCAGUAAUGAUAGUGAGAUCGCGAUUUAGUCGCGCGAUUGGAGAGGAGGAUGAGGAUUGGACGAACAUGAUCUAGCAUGUUUUCACGCAUUUGGGGCGUUUAUUGGUGUUUUCGCACUUUCUGGGGUAUAUCUUGAAUUAUCUUUGGCGGGCGUUAUCUGCUGCAUCGAGCAUAUCAAUUUCAUUGUGAUUGAUUCUCCAUGCGGUAUAGUUGCAUUCCUUUCGUUUCAUUAUAUCUCUACUCUGGUGAGUUCACUUGGAGGGCGACCUCCUUUUCCCACGACGAUGCCAAAGCGCAGGAGCGGUUAACGUAAAGGCAGAAACAUGCCCGGCUAAUAUGAACGAGUAGAAUUGGCGGCGGGCCUGAUGCCGUUAAUGACCCUUUCGUACGAUUCUCA